AUGCCACCAGACAUGGACGUGUCUAUGAGGCACACAAAACUGAAGCCGGAAGAGGCAGCACUCUUGGCUGGAGAGAUCAGCAAGCCUUCCUGGGAGUCCAGAAAUGAGGGCAUUCACGAGCGAGUUAGCUUUGAAGAUUCCAUUUGGGGCUUCGACUUAGCUGGUGGAUCGUUUUACAAGACACCUUUGAGGGUUACAUUUGUGAAACCGGACAGCCGUGCAUCAAAAGCUGGUAUCAGACCUGGAGACAGGUUGCUCAAGAUCAACGACAUAGACACAUCGACACUCACAAUACAGGAGGCGCACGAUAUCAUCAUCAGCUCCGGCAUCUAUCUGAAACUUUCAGUUACCUCGCCUGAAGACGAUGAAGAUGCUUAUUACUGUUACGAAGACCCUCUUGUAGAUGGAUACGACAGUGAGGAGGAAAGACGAUUAGAAGAAGAGAAGGCAGCGAAACGAAGGGUUCAUGCUAAAGUGAGUUCCUACUGGAGUCUCCAAUGGCCUUGGGUCAGCAAAAGAAGACUUAUAUACCGGGAGUCCAACUGUUUCAUGGUGAACAGUAAAUACGAGGAAGCAAGAAGAGAGAAAUAUCCGCCACUACCUGUAUUAAGAUACACCGACGACAUCCUCUUAUAUCAAAGAGAUGGCGACAAACAAAAAGGUAGUGAUGAUAAUAAUAAGGAAACGCCAUCAGUGAAACAACUCAAAGAAAGCAAUCGAAAAUCUAGGCAACAAAAGGUACCAAAUGGCGAUGUAGAGAAGGAAGCUAUACCCACCGAUGAUGAACAACCAAAUGAUGUUAGUGAAGAUGAACAAAUAGAGAAUCAAAUUUCCCCAAUCGUUGAAGAGAACGACCAAGAAGUAAUAGAAAACUACAAUUUAGAAAAACCUGUAAUCGAAGAACUUGAAGAAAAUGGUGAUGAUAACAUCAACAACUUAGAAUCUGUUGUUGAUGAUUUAAAUGAAGAAAAUAGUGAUAAUCCAGAAGUGUUGAGUCGUACUGAGGAAACUAUUCCUGAUACCGUUGAAGAAAGUAGAUUAAAUGAAGAAAUAGAACAAGAGACGAGUGAAGAUGAUAUAUUGAAUGAAGUGCUAGCCAAAAGUGAUGAAAGUACACCAUCAAACGAUGCAGAUAAUAUACUUCAUAGUAUUCUUAGUGAUGACGGACAAAAUCUAGAAAAUUCCGAAGUUAACAACGAAAGAUAA